AUGUCUCUAGAAUCAAUAAAAUAUCAAAGAGGGAAUUUAGAAAUUCUAGACCAGUUAUUGCUUCCAUUACAAACUAGAUAUAUUAAAGUACUGGGUGUUGAAGACGGAUGGAAAGUCAUAAAUAAAAUGCAGGUCAGGGGAGCACCAGCAAUAGCCAUAGUUGGUUGCCUAUCACUUGCUAUAGAAUUGCUAAAAGAUGAUUCUUCUGACAAAAAGGUUAUGAGGCAAGAGAUUGAGGGCAAACUAAACUACUUGGUCUCAGCGAGGCCUACAGCUGUAAAUAUUAAAUUGGCAGCAGAGGAAUUAAUAACUUUAGCCAAUACUUUGAGUGCUGAUGAAACUGUUUCUGCCGAUACUUUUAAAGAAAGAUUCAUCAGUUUCAUUGAAAACAUGCUUGUCAAAGAUAUUGAAGACAAUAAAGCAAUAGGCAACUUUGGUUGUGAAGCUAUUCUCAAUAGUCUGAAAGGUGAUGGUGACAUAAGAGUACUUACGCAUUGCAACACUGGUUCUUUAGCAACAGCUGGUUAUGGAACUGCCUUGGGAGUCAUCAGAUCUCUUAAUAAAUCUAAACGACUAGAGCAUGUUUACUGUACUGAAACUCGGCCAUAUAAUCAAGGUGCGAGACUUACGGCUUAUGAACUAGUUCAUGAAAAGAUUCCUGCCACUCUUAUUGUUGAUAGCAUGGUUGCAGCCCUCAUGCAUGUAAAAAAAAUAAGUGUAGUGAUUGUAGGAGCCGACAGGGUUGCUGCUAACGGCGACACAGCAAACAAAAUUGGAACUUACCAAAUUGCUAUUGUUGCUAAAUAUCACAAUGUGCCUUUUUAUGUUGCUGCACCUCUUACAUCAAUUGAUAUGUCCUUAAAAUCAGGAGACAGAAUAAAAAUAGAAGAGCGCCCUGAUAAGGAAAUGACUCACAUUGGCGAAUUUAGGAUUGCAGCUCCAGGGAUCAAUUGCUGGAAUCCGUCAUUCGAUGUGACUCCAGCUUCGCUAAUUACUGGAAUAAUAACAGAAAAAGGAGUUUUUGCUCCUGAUAAACUUCACGAAGUGAUGAAUCAAUAA